GGGAAGAAUGCCGACACUGUUUCGAACCGAGAGAAUGAAGCACCGGCGAUAAAGAAGCGGCCUCUAUCCUGCCCAGAGGAGAGCGACGGGGAGGAGGAGGAGCAGAAAGUGGUGGUACUUGGCGCAGAUACGACCUUACCAACGGAGAAGGAAUCAUCGCCAGGGUCGUCCUCAAGCCCCGAAAGUGUUGUGGUGAGGAGGCAUUACUCUCGCCGCUACCGCCUGGAAUUACAAGGGAGGGGAAAGGAACACAAAGGAAAAACAAACACCAACAUAGGACGGUGGUGUGCAGGAGAAGGAAUAACGGGAAAGAAAAGAAAAAAAAAGAAACUAGAGACGAUGAAACUGAGUAAAAGAAAAAGACGUUUAUACAAGUGAAUGUGAUAACGGAACAGCAAAAUAGAAGGCGCAGUGAGAUUAGAGAAAGAUGAGAAGAUUUAAGAAGAAUCAAAGAACAUGGAGGAAAAUGACAGUGUCUCCCGGACCAUCACCACCACCACCACCACCACAACAACAACAAUGAGAGCCAGUUUGUUCCUCCUAUCACUUCUGGUGGCAGCAGCGUCGGCAGGUGUCACCAGGACCCUAACCACCCUUCAGACCCCUGAGGACACGCCCACCACCACGCCCAUCACCACCACCUCCACCUCAUCUACACCCUCGGAACCAGAGACCAGGGAAGAAGAGGAGGAUGAAGAGGAGCGUCGGGUGGGCGUGAAUGGGUGGCUAGCGGCGCCCACUCAAGCUCCUGCCACCUCCAGCCCACAAACUGAGGCCCCUGAAAAGCCUGGUUUGUGUGAGUCUCCCAAGGGUUAUGGCAUCAGAUGCAUGAUGCGCAUGGACCAGUGCAAAGAUGACCAGGGCUGCCCGGGACCCACCAAGUGCUGCAUGGUCGGGGAGUGCGGCAAGCUGUGCGUUAAGCCCAAGCCGACCUCCACAGAUACCAAGGAAGCAACUAAAGCCACUGUGAAGAAGAACAAGGGAGCGAAGGAGAACAGUAAGCAGGAAAGGGAGGAAGAAGAGGCUGCGAAGGCCAAGCAAAUCGUGGUGGAAGGACAAGAGGAGGAGAAAACUGUAGACGUCUUGCCUCUAGAUGUUGAAACCGAAGAGGGCGAGAAUCAAGAAGCACAAAAUGAACAAGUUGCCCAUCAAACUCAUCCACAAGAAGAAGAUGUGAUCUCUGCAGCACCAACUAAUGUAGAGAGCAGUUAAGAGCUCAAAAGGGUGUUACAAAUGUCAUCCAUGUCCUUUUACAGUCUUAUGAAUGAAACUACUUUUAUGUGUCAUUAGAUUAGCAAAACUAAAAAAAAAAUGCAAAAAGAAGGAAGCCGUUAGGAGGUAGAGAAUACUGUUCACCCCUUGGUCAAAAUGUCGAGUAAUCUGCCACACUCCCUUCCGCCUUGUAUUGUAUGUUCCCUCUGUUUUAAGGAUGUUAUUUGAAAGUAAUGAGGUAUGUUUCGUACAGGGCUGCCACUUGAAGGCCUGGCGUCUUCUCGUGGCCUCUUUAAUGUUCUUAUGUUAGAUAAGUUAAAAUGAUGUAUGCAGAAAUGAAACUCAUGAGGUUAUCAGAUAGAUAUCAGAAGAGAGAAAUGAAUAAACCUGCUGCCAGAGUACGCUUGGGAUCUUUGAAAAUACAGAAUUAGUUUGUCCUUUUAACUCGUUAGUAUAAAAAAGUAUACUGAAUUAAAUAUGUGAUGUUAUCUAUAUUAAAAGAGAAAAAAGAAAAGAAAAAAAAAACAGCUGCCAUUUAAAAAAUA